GCCGCCGUCCCGCCCCGGGGAGGGGGCAGCGGCCGCCUCCGGCCACACCUGUGGCGCAGCGGCGGAGGAAGCGGCCGGCGGUCCGCGCAGACGGGUCGGCGCCCGGCGGCACCAUGACGGUGGGUGCGCGGCUGGGCGCCAAGGCGAGGGGCAGGUACUCCCGCCGCGGACCCGACGACGACCAGGUCUCCAUCCUGCCCGGCGAGGAGGAGGAGGAGGAGGAGGCGGCGGCGGGGGGGGGCCCGCGGCCGGCGGCGCUGGAGGAGGAGGAGGGCGGCUCUGCCUCCAGGAAGGUGCACUUCGUCCUCCUGCCCGACUCCUACGAGCCGCUGCGCCCGCCGCGGGCCGCCGCCAAGCGGCCCUACGGGAAGCGGCUGAAGAAGUACGGGAAGAACGUCGGCAAAGCUCUGCAGAAGGGAUGCCGCUACUUGGUGGUCGGCCUGCAAGGAUUAGCAGCAGCCUAUUCCGCUCCUUUUGGAGUGGCAGCUCAGGUGGCAUCCUUCGUCCGCUAGCGCAGCUCCACGCGCCCCACCGGGGAGGACAUGAGGCCAUCGCUGCUUUCUUAGGAUUAAAUCUGAGACCUGCAUCUGAGAAACCUCUUGGACAAACAGUCCCAGCCCCGAGCCCCUCCACCAGCCCCUUCCCCAAGACUGAGUGCUCUUCUCUGCAAAAACUUCCGGCGCUUUAUAAAAUCAGGAUUGGGUUGAAGAAAUACAAGGAUGAGGAAAUAAUCUUCGACUAAUUGAGCUGAAGUUUGUUCUCGGACAUGAGUUGGUUUUCUAGAGCUUUGUGCUAUGUGUGGAAGGGAGCCAAGGAUGGAUGGAAAAGCAAGUAGAUGAGGGAGAGAGAAAUGAAGGAAAAUAGAAAUAGCGGGGGGGGGGAGUGGUGCAGGUAGGGAGGUGGGGAUCUGGGUCUGGCUAGUGAGAGGAAUUAUCAAAGUAGUGGAGGAAACAGAUAACGAGUGAUCAGGAAAAGGUACUCUUUGGUUUUCUGAGGUCUUUUUUGUUGGUUUGUUUUUUUUUUUUUACCCUGAGAGGUUUAAGAUUAGGAGUAUACUUAAAAAUACACUUGGAUAUACAUGGACUAUUGUCUGAGACAGGGAGAGCUUUGCUGCAUCACAGUUGUUCAUUUCAAACUCUGGACGUAAUGAGCCUUUAAAUCUUAAGACUGAUGUAAAAAUCCAGAAAGAAAAUGAGGUGUGUUUGUCUUCUGAUUUUGGGGCAUUAAAGGUUCACUGCUGCUGUGAAAUCUGCACAUAUGUUUUUUACUGAGAACAGAGUUUAUAUCUGACACACCUGAUUCUGGAAGCUGGGGCAUAAGAACACCCAGUUCUGUGGUGUUCACCAGGAAAAAAAAGGGAUUACCAGCUGCAUCUGAAAAAAACCUACAUGCAGUGUUUCGUAUAAGAAUGUACAAUGGUUUUGUAUAAGAAUGGGGCCAAAUAACCUGCCAGCUCCAUCUUCAUUUCCGUAUGUGGAAGCUCUAGCUAGAGGAUGUCAACAUCAGAUGGCUCAGCUCAGUGGUGCGGAUGCAGCAGCUUCCAUGUGACACCUCCAGGGAUAUAAAUCUUGUAUUGAUGACACAGGAACAAGGGGGUUUAUGUGCCUUCAAAAUUCUGGGGGUUUGGGGUUUUUUUCCUAUCAGUCUUUUGUGGUAGCAGUAAAUGAUUUCCCUGCUAGCACUUUCUCUGUAUUAUAGAUCUUUCUAGUUCUGAUAGUGUUUUUGUAAUCGAGGAGUUGACUUAUUUGGAAAAAAAAUGCUGUUCGUUUGCUUUCUUUGCCUUUUUUGAAUGAAAGGGUUUGCAUGUCUUAGCAAACCACACUAUUUCUUUUAAGUGUAGCAAAUGAAACAAAGGUGGAUUUUUUUAAUAAUAAAAAAAAGUAAUGUGA